AUGGCACAGUACUUCAUUACCGAGACGCGCGGCCUUGGAGCCGCCGGAACCUGGGAUGCCGACCUGGAAUGUUUCUUCAGCCAAACAGCUUAUUCCACAACCCUGGGCAAGACGCGAGGUGGCCAGCGACUCCAAGGCCGGGUUCUCAGGACCAGCGCUGAAGUCUGGCAGGACCCGGCGGUAACGCCCCAUCGGCGCGGCCUGGGCAGUAGCAGCGGUUUAGCGGCGGCGGCGGCGGCGGCGGCGGCUAAGCAGAGGCUUUGUGGUUUAGCUAAUCUGCGCGAUUCAGGUUUCCAGGUCUCCUCCCCGUUCCCCUGCCGCUCUCCUCGGCCUCCGCCCUCGCAGAGGGCCGCACUCGCAGCCCUGGAGGAUCUCGCGGCCCCCGAGGCGGCCUCCUGCGCCAUUUGUCAGCGCUCGUUUCGCGACCCGGUGCGCGCCGACUGCGGCCACCGGUUCUGCCGGACGUGCGUGGUUCAGUUCUGGGCGGAGGAGGACGGGCCCUUCCCAUGUCCCGAGUGCGCUGACGACUGCUGGCAGCGCGCUGUGGAGCCAGGUCGCCCGCCUCUCAGCCGCCGCCUGCUGGCGCUCGAGGUGGCCGCCGCGGGGUCGGCGCGCGACGCCCUGGCCAGCGAGGCCGCGCUGCAGCUGCUGUGCCGCGCCGACGGGAGCCCGUUAUGCCGCGCCUGCCGUAUGGCUGCCGCACCCGAGCCGCCGGAGUGGGAGCCUCGCUGGAGGAAGGCGCUGCGCGGCAAGGAAAAUAAGGGAUCAGUGGAGAUUAUGAGAAAGGAUCUGAAUGACGCUCGAGAUCUGCACGGCCAGGCGGAGUCAGCAGCUGCUGUGUGGAAGGGCCAUGUGAUGGAUCGGAGGAAGAAGGCACUGACUGAUUAUAAGAAGCUUCGAGCCUUUUUUGCUGAGGAGGAAGAACAUUUCCUACAGGAGGCAGAAAAAGGAGAGGAGGCACCGGAGGAUGAGGGUGCUGAUCCAGCUGAGAGAUUUAAGUCCCUGCUGCAGGCUGUCUCAGAGCUGGAGAAAAAGCACCGCAACCUGGGACUCAGCAUGCUACUUCAGCCUAAUGGGAUGUUUGAACUAGAGCUUCUAGCUGAACUAGGCACUCGAAGCCCCCAAGUCCUGGAUCAGUGA